GUGGCCUUCAAGUGACAGACCAUGUGCUACUCUGCCCCAUCUUUUUAACUUUUUUGCUUUCUUCAUUACUUUCCACUCAAUUAUUGAUGGCAUUGAGUCAUUACUGAAGCAAAGAAACCUGCUACGCCAUUUCUAUUCUUCCUAACAACCUCCUGUGUCAUUCAUUUCCAGUCCGCACCUGCUUACCUUCAUCUUCCUCUCAAUUCCUUCACUUCCUCUGCAGAGAAACAGACAUGGCCCUGGAGUUAGUUGGAGGAGCUUUUCUCUCCGCUUCUCUCCAAGUUCUUUUCGACAGGUUGGCUUCUUCCGAGGUCUGGAGCAUCAUCGGGGGACAGAAGGUAAGUGACAAACUCCUUCUAGAGUUGAGGACAAAAUUGCUGGUUGUGGAUAAAGUGCUCGACCAUGCUGAGGUGAGGCAAUUUACAGAUGGAGGAGUCAAAAAUUGGCUGGUGACCGUUAAGAAUGUUGUGUAUGAUGCGGAAGACCUACUGGACGAGAUUGCUACCGAAGCUUUGCGACGCAAGAUGGAAGAUUCUGAUUCAUCAAGCAGCUUUUCCACAUGGUUUAAGGCCCCACGUGCUGAUCUUCAAAGCAUAGAGUCUAGGGCAAAGGAGAUCAUGCACAAACUGAAAUUUCUUGCACAAGCAAUAGAUAUGAUUGGGCUGAAACCAGGAGAUGGUGAGAAACUGCCACAGAGAUCACCCUCGACUUCGCUGGUAGAUGAAUCUUGUGUGUUCGGCAGGGAUGAGGUUAAAGAGGAGAUGAUUAAAAGGCUGUUGUCUGAUAAUGUAAGCACCAACAGGAUAGAUGUGAUCUCCAUAGUCGGCAUGGGCGGCGCCGGCAAGACCACACUGGCUCAACUUCUGUAUAACGAUGCCAGAAUGAAGGAACGCUUUGACUUGAAAGCAUGGGUUUGUGUUUCGGAGGAGUUUCUUCUCGUCAGGGUGACCAAAUUAAUUCUUGAGGAAAUCGGCUCACAAACUUCUUCUGACAGCCUGAAUUUGCUUCAGCUAAAACUAAGAGAGAGCCUUGCUGACAAGAGAUUUCUGCUUGUUUUGGACGACGUUUGGAAGAAAGGUUGUAGUAGUGAAUGGGAUCAGUUACGAAUUCCGCUCCUAGCUGCUGGGGAAGGAAGCAAGAUUGUUGUGACUACUCGUGACACCGAUGUUGCAAAAAUCAUGAGUGCAGCUCAUACUCAUCCUCUGGAAGGGUUGUCUCGUGCAGACUGUUGGUCCUUAUUUGAAAAACUUGCUUUUGAAAAGGGAGACUCCAGCCCAUAUCCUCUACUUGAAUCAAUAGGCAGAGCGAUAGUGGCCAAGUGCCAAGGAUUGCCUUUAGCGGUCAAAGCAAUCGGGAGUCUCUUGUAUUCUAAGGUUGACAGAAGGGAAUGGGAAGAAACUUUGGAAAGUGAAAUAUGGGAUUUCAAAAUUGGUGGAAUUCUUCCUUCGUUGAUAUUGAGUUAUCAAGAUCUCCCAUUUCAUUUGAAGCGAUGUUUUGCUUAUUGCUCCAUUUUCCCCAAGAACCAUGAAUUCAAUAGGGAGACACUGAUUUUACUAUGGAUGGCAGAAGGACUUCUACAAUUUUCGAAAAGCAAUAAAAGAAUGAGUAAGGUAGGCGAGCAGUAUUUUGACGAACUUUUAUCAAAGUCAUUUUUUCAGAAAUCUGUUUUCAAUGAAUCAUGGUUUGUCAUGCAUGAUCUCAUGCAUGACUUGGCUCAAUAUAUCUUUAGAGAAUUUUGCAUUGGAUUUGAAGAUGAUAAGGUGCAAGAAAUCUCUGUGAACACUCGUCACUCCUCGAACUUUAUAAGUAACUAUGAUGGAAUAGUUACAUUUAAGAGGUUUGAGGACCUUGCCAAAAUAAAGUAUCUUCGGACAUACCUUGAGUUAAGGGCAGUGCAAUGGAAUAUUUAUCAACUAAGUAAAAGGGUUGAUUUACACACUAUAUUAUCCAAAUGGAGGUACUUACGUGUGUUGUCAUUGCAUAGUUAUGUUCUUAUUGAGUUGCCCGAUUCAAUAGGUGAAUUAAAAUAUUUGCGUUAUUUGGAUAUCUCACAUACAAAGAUUAAAAAAUUGCCCGAUUCAGUGUGUUAUUUGUACAAUUUACAAACGAUGAUACUAUCAGGAGAUAGUCGUUUCAUUGAAUUGCCUUCGAGGAUGGAUAAAUUGAUUAAUUUGCGUUUUCUUGAUAUAAGUGGAUGGAGAGAAAUGCCGAGUCACAUCAGUCGAUUAAAAAAUUUACAAAAGUUGAGUAAUUUUAUUGUGGGAAAAAAGGGUGAAUUAAGAAUUGGUGAAUUAGGAGAGCUUUCAGAUAUUGGGGGAAGACUUGAAAUUUCACAAAUGCAGAAUGUGGUGUGUGCUAGGGAUGCAUUGGGAGCGAACAUGAAGAAUAAAAGACACCUUGAUGAACUAUCCUUGACAUGGAGCGAUGUAGAUACUAAUGAUCUUAUACGAAGUGGCAUACUCAACAACUUGCAGCCUCAUCCAAAUUUAAAGCAGCUUAUCAUCAAUGGCUAUCCUGGUAUAACAUUUCCAGAUUGGAUAGGAGAUCCUUUAUUCUCCAAUCUUGUGUCUGUAUAUCUUUAUUGGUGUGGCAAUUGCUCAUCAUUGCCAAUGUUUGGGCAGCUACCGUCUCUGAAACAUCUUUCUAUUAAAGGAAUGAAAGGAGUAGAGAGGGUGGGAAGUGAGUUUUAUGAGGAUGCUUCUUCCUCCAUUACAAGUAAGCCCUCCUUCCCAUUCCUACAAACUCUAAGAUUUGAGCAUAUGUACAACUGGAAGAAAUGGUUAUGUUGUGGAUGCGAAUUCCGUCGUCUCCGGGAGCUUUAUUUAAUCCGCUGUCCCAAACUCACAGGGAAAUUACCAGAAGAGCUUCCUUCAUUGAAGAAACUUGAAAUUGAAGGAUGUUGGGGGCUACUUGUGGCUUCACUCCAAGUUCCAGCCAUCCGUGAAUUGAAGAUGUUGGGUUUUGGUGAAUUACAGUUGAAAAGGCAAGCCUCUGGCUUCGCUGCUCUUCAAACUUCAGAUAUCGAAAUUUUAAAUGUGUGUCAGUGGAAGCAACUACCAUUGGAACCGCACAGGCUCACAAUUAGAGGCCUUCAUGCUGUAGAGUCUCUACUAGAGGAGGGAAUCCUGCAAACCCACACUUCUCCUAUGCAAGAUUUGAAAAUCUGGGGUUGUUAUUUUUCCAGACCGUUGAACAGAUUUGGUUUUCCCAUGGUCACAUUAAAAUCGCUACAAAUCUAUAAAUGUGGCAACGUAGGGUUUCUCCUACCUGAGUUGUUCAGAUGCCAUCACCCAUCUCUUGAAGAUUUAAAAAUCAUCAGUAGUAAAACCGAUUUAUCUCUCUCAUCAUCCUUCUCUUUAGCCAUCUUCCCCAGGUUGAUUCAUUUUGAUAUCGAUUCUGUAGACGGUCUUGAAUCCCUCUCCAUCUCGAUUUCAGAAGGGGAACCAACUUCUCUUCGUUCGUUGGAAAUUAUCAAUUGCGAUGAUCUUGAAUAUAUUGAAUUGCCUGCUCUCAACUCGGCAUGCUAUAAGAUCUUGGAAUGCGGGAAGCUCAAGUCGCUGGCACUCGCACUCUCAUCCUUGCAGAGAUUAAGCUUAGAAGGUUGUCCACAAUUGUUGUUUCACAACGAUGGUUUGCCCUCCGACCUACGUGAACUCGAAAUUUUCAAAUGCAACCAACUCAAGCCCCAGGUGGACUGGGGUUUGCAGAGACUGGCCUCUCUUACAGAAUUCAUAAUCGGUGGAUGCCAGAACGUGGAGUCAUUUCCCGAGGAGCUCCUGCUGCCCUCUUCUCUUACCACUCUUGAAAUGAAAUAUUUUCCAAAUCUCAAGUCUCUGGACGGUAGAGGGCUUCAACAGCUUACCUCGCUCACAAAAUUAUCCAUCCGUCAUUGCCCUAAGCUCCAAUUCAUUCCACGAGAGGGGUUUCAACAUUUUCCUUCUCUAAUGGAAUUAGAGAUCGAAGACUGCCCGGGGCUCCAAUCCUUCGGGGAAGACAUCCUUCGACAUCUUUCAUCUCUUGAACGAUUGUCCAUCCGUCAGUGCCAUGCACUCCAGUCCUUGACAGGAUCGGGUCUUCAAUACCUCACCUCUCUUGAAAAAUUGGACAUCAGUCUCUGCUCUAAGCUCCAAUCUUUGAAAGAAGCGGGUCUUCCAAGCCUUGCCUCUCUUAAGCAACUACACAUUGGGGAAUUCCAUGAGCUCCAAUCCUUGACAGAAGUGGGUCUUCAACACCUCACCUCCCUUGAAAAAUUAUUCAUCUUCAACUGUCCUAAGCUUCAAUCCUUGACAAGAGAGAGACUUCCAGACUCCCUCUCUUGUCUAGAUAUCCUCAGCUGUCCUUUGCUGGAACAACGGUGCCAAUUUGAAGAAGGGCAAGAAUGGGAUUAUAUAGCCCAUAUUCCAAAAAUAUUCAUCGGUUUUGAGGCAUUCUAACGAAGGUGUUUGCUACAGCAAUAUUUAGCCAGAUUCUUUGAAACCAUAGACCUGGAACAAAGAUUUGAAGAGGAGCAGGGGAAGAUUGAUCCCAGGAACGGAGGAAACCAGAAACAUUUCUAGUUAACUGCUUGUAAACUCCGAUAAUCAGCUCCACUCUUUUGAAGAAUAUUGGUGGAGAUGGGGUUGUGCCGCAAGCUUUAUUUGUUUGAUUUAAGAAUUUUUCCAAUGAAGAUAAGAAGAGUAAAGGAAAAUUGAUCCUAGGUAAUUCACAUUUUAACCAGCCAAGAAUCAUAUUUCCAUGACUUCUUCAAUCUACCUUUCAAAAUGCAAAGACGACUUUUAUCCUUUUGAGGACCUACCAUGGAUUUGUACUUGUUGAUCUCUUUCCCAUGCUACAAAAUUGGGGAUUUAACUUUGUGAUGUAUUUAUCACAGGGUGUCCUAAUCUUGUGUAUAUACUUGGAGAGUAGGGUGCACAACAUGCUCUGUUUGUUUGAUUUAAAAGUUUUUCCUCAAGCUAGUUGUAACAGGGAUAUGAAAAGGAGCAAGGGAAGAUUAACCACAGAGGCACAGAGGAAAUCAAUAAGAUAUCAAAUUGCAAGAAUUUCAGGUCACUGAUGCAUGCUUUUUUACCUUAAUGAGUGUCACGAACUGUUCAUGGCUGAUGUCCCACAUGUAGCAAGAGACAAUCUGGCUUUCUAAUGACGAGGAUUGCACACCAAUUUACAGUCAAGUUUUGUGUUCUUUUCUCGAAAUAGCAUUUGAUUUUGGUAUAUCAUUUGAGCAGCUCUACAGAUUUGGCUUCUUGAUUAGCAUUAUUGGGUUGUUUUCCACGGGCUAAUGCAUUGGGAACCACUUUUGAUUAUCAAUUUGUAAGGGGCUUUGUGUUUCAGGUAUGUAACAACAAAGACACAUACUACCUUCGGCCUCCCAAUAUCAUUCACAAGAUUGGUGCAGAACAUGCUCUGUUUCUUUGGUUUAAGAUUUAUUCCGAGGGUAGGAGUCUGGAACAAAAAUGGAAGAAGAAUGGGGGGAGAUUGACUUAGGGUAGCUAUUGCUUUAAGCAUACACAGCAAGCAAGACAAAUAGUUUUGAUGGAUGUCAUUCUCUUUUGCAUUCUGACUAGCAUUUGAUCCACGAACCCCUUCAGAUCUUGAUUCUCCGUUCAAGGGACUCCAAAACCUCAGUUCUUUUCAAGAAUUGAAUGUCAUUUUCUCAUACUUUUGAUGGAGUAGGAACCUUCCUUGUUUGUUGAUUUUAAGACUAACUUUGAAACUUUGAAACUCCAAACCAGGAACAAAUAUAUAAUCUUAUGAAAUAUGUUUUUUUGCAGAUACCUUUUACAUUCACCACCUUUAUAAAUCCUACUUAUUCUAAGGUAUUUCCUUUUCUUCCCUGCUCAUUGUAUGGAUAUUGUUACUUUGCUCCCUAUCAACUGAUCCAUUAGUUUUCUCAAGAAAAACAACAUCUGCAAUGCUGCAGCUAUUUUCAUGGCUGGUCUUGCUCCUAAAGCUUAAUCUUUUGUAUGUUCAAAGUAAGAAUUUAAUUAUUAUGGUGCUUCUUUGAAGUGGAAGGUGGAGUUAGGAAGAUGUGUCUGUUGUAGUGGCUGUGACAUAAUUGCUACUAAAAUUAAGAGAUACAUUGUUGAUGAUUCUCUCCUCCAGUCCUCCUUGCUGGGAUCUGCCAAAAUUGACCAGCUGCACUUAUUAGGAGUCUCCAUUGCAAAAGGCCCUGGAGAUUAUUUUUUGUUCUGCACCAAGUCAACCAGUUUCAAAAGACAAGCCAGUUUAAUGACUGGGAAUUUUUGACGAAAUGGAGAUUGCUGACUUUCAACUUCUGUUCUUCUCUGCAAGAACAGUUCCAAUUCAGGAAAGGGAAAGAUGGCCAUAUAGCUCACAUUCAACACAUGGAGAUAGGCCUAGUGCUGUUCAAAUGAAGGUGGUGGUACAUCGAUAUAUUACCUGAUUGCACUCGCUGGGAAUUCCUGUAACAAAAGGUUGUGGUGACGCUUUAUUCUACCUAAACAAGUGGACCACUUUCCAAAGGUCUUGAUUGCUGCGGGAGUAUGUGAAGAUGUUCUAUUGUUAUGGGGUUAUGGUCCUAGAAUUGAGAACCAUCUUGUGCUAAUUCUAUCGAUGACCAUGGGCAUUGGUUCUCAUUGUUUGUAUCUACAAGAGUCAACUAUAUAUUUGUAGAGAAAUAAUGUCUUAAGUUUUAAUGAAGGUUUACUCCAUGAGACUUACAAGAAGAACAUUGUAACUAAAUUGAUCAUACUUGGAGACUUUUUGUAGUUCUAUUUGCCAUUUUGAUGUCGGUAUCAUCUUGAAGUGGUGCAGUGUGUUUCCUCAUUGAACUUUUUGAUUUUAUAUGGAAAAGAUGAUUUUGAGCUUA